AUGGAUAGGCGCAUUCAUUGGUCGGCCAAGGAGGUCGAAGAAAUGAUCGAGAGCCUGAAAGAACGUGAAAUCCUGUGUCAACCGGAAGGGAAGCAGCAUCGCGCGCCCGAUGCCUUCAAGGUCGUGGCGAACGAUAUGCGUCGGAAGGGUUUGUUUCGUUCGCCGGAACAAAUCCGCGCCAAGCUUCGCAUCUUGCGGAAGGACUACUUCAAGGCGCUCCGGUCCGGCUCGAAGAUUCAGUACCAGGCGUGCGAAUAUUUUACCUCUCUGCACGAUCUUUUCACCGAUGCGCAACGCAAGAUGGAGGACAGAAAGAUUCAACAGCUGCGCCGUCUAAAACAGCUGCAACAUCAGCAGAUGCUGCAUCAGCUGCACCAGCAACAGCAGCAACUACAGAAACCAGAGCAACCGCAGCAAAAGCAGGAAAAGCAACCGUUGCUGAGCAACAAUAGCAACGCCGCUAUCAGUAACCAUCAACGGGCGCAGCAACAGAACCACCGGACGUCGGCAACUAGGACUAAAGCUAGCAGAAGUAGUAGUGUGUCGCACAGUGUCGAGAGCGAUGUACAACAGCCGGCCACGGUUGGUGUCGUGCCGGUCGCGGCUCAUCCCGUGCCGCCGGCGGUUCGUCCCGUGCCGCCGGCGGUUGGUCCUGUGCCGGCGGCGGCGGUUGGUCCCGUGCCAGUCGCGGUGAGUCCAGUGCCGGUCACGAACGGUCCCUGUAGUACAUUCAAUGGCAGUGUUAGUGUGCAGGGGCCGGCCCCGACGGCUCCACCGGAACCGCUGCCGGACAAGUACCAUCUCAAGCUGAACGAGUACUUACCAAGUCUAAACACUUCGCUGGCCAAUCUGUGCAAAAACGAACGAUAUGCGGACGUUAUGUUGCUGGUUUGCAAUGACGAGGAGCACAUCUCCAUUCCCGCCCACCGGCUCGUGCUGGGAACGUUCAGUUCGUACUUCGCCACCAUCUUCGAGCGUACCGCGCACAUGGCCCCGCAAAGUAUGAUGUACAUCGUGCUGCCGCCGCUCGUGACACGGUCCGCCGUCCAGAGCCUUCUGCACUACAUGUACUCGGGCGAGGCGAUCGUGCCGACCGACAGUUUGGGCGAUGUGAUGCUCUCCGGUGAGCUGCUGCGCGUUCAUGGCUUCUGCAAGAGCAAACCGCCGGGCAUGUUGUCGCAGAAGGCGCCACCGUCUCUGACCUCCGUACCGUUGAUGUCGGUGACGCGAAAUCUGACCCUAAACCAUACGGUGCAGGAGGAAAUUCGGCCGCCGACGAUACCGGUCAUUGCAGCACCGGUCAUCGAGCAAGCGGAACCGGAGGGACCACAGCAGCAGCAGCAGCAGCUGCCACCGUUGCAACCACCUGUCAUCGAGAGGCCUCCGUCGGUAUUGGAGCGAGAUCGUGAAAGAGAACGCGAACGUGAGCGAGCCCAAGAACAGGAAAGAGAACGUGAAAAGGAACUUGAAAGAGAACGUGAAAAAGAACGUGAAAAAGAACGUGAAAAGGAGCUUGAAAAGGAACGUGAAAAGGAACGUGAAAAAGAACGGCAACGCGAAAGAGAACGGGAGCGCGAACUGGACAGGGAGCGGCAGCGUGAGCGAGAACGCGAGCGACUCAACAACCUGGAGCGAGUUCCGGUGAACGAGCUCGAGGAGCUGGAAAAGUUUGCACCCUGCAGGAUACUGGCCGAUACCGAACUGCUCGAAGUUAACGGCGGAUCAGAAGCGAUGGCGGAGGAUCACGACAGUGACCGCGAUUCACGUUCGCCGACUCCCCAGCCGGUGGUUUUGCGGGAGAAAAAUAAGCCAAAACUAGACAUCAUCGAGAGCUUGUGUAGCAUCGAAACGACAACGUCGGACGAAUCGAUGCUGGAAAUUGUAACAAAUGGACCGGAAUCGUCACCGUUCAGUAACCGUGCACAGAACAGCCCGAGAAGUGCGCGAAGCAGCCCCAGGCUGGAGUCUAUCAUCGAGUCGGAUAGCGAGGAUCUGGACUUGCCGAACAGUGGUGACAUUACAUUGCAGCUGGUUCCGCGACCCGGGAACGAUCCGCUGGACGAUCCGCAUCAUGUCAGCACGUCCGUCGAUCACCUGGUGUACUCCCCGCUCAGUUGCCAGCUGUGCAAAGAAACGUUCUCGACACCGACCGACUGGGUGCAGCAUGUUUACGGUCACUGCAACGAUGACGCGUUACGAGCAAAGCGAAGGCGAUUAUCGGUGAACAAUAGCAGGCUCGGCGAUGACGCGGCGCUUCGGUGCGACAUGUGUUCGUCGUAUUUCAGCGAUACCAACGAUUGGCUUGGGCACGUCGUUGUUGCGCACGAGGACUGCAUGAACGAUUGUCUCAUGUCGCUACCGUUUAACACGUUCGAGGGAAAAGUGAACUUUCCUGCGAUUUGAGUCUAAAGAGUCUGGAGCACGUAUGGCGUAAGCUUGAUCUACUGUAGAUUUACGCUAGGUUUACACGCUAAGAGUAUAUAUGUAUCGUAUCUGUGCCGCGGAUACAGGAAUCGUUGAGGCGUACGGUCGUGGCACGGGAUGGAUCCACGACCG